UCCCCUACCCUUCCUCUUCCUCUGCCUCCUCAAUCCACAACUUACAGAGAGACAGAGAGAAAGAAGAGAAGCCUAAUCUGAGAAAAAGAGAGAGAGAUGGGGAAAAUUUCAAUGAAGAUGCUGAAGAUGAAGUCCAAGAAGUUCUGCAAAGGGAUCAGCUUCAAGCUAAUUGGCGGGAGCAAGAGAAACAACAUUAUUGAUGACCAAAAGAGCCCAUCAUCGUCAUCACUAUCAUCUUCUUCCUCCACUUCUUCUUCAUUUUCAUCUUCAUCAUCAUCAUCAUCAAGCUCUUACAUUGGUGAGAUCAAGUGGGAGGUUAGGCCUGGAGGGAUGCUGGUCCAAAAGAGGCAAAAUGGUGAUGACCAUAGCACCAUUGGGGAGCUAAUCACACUCAGAGUCUCGACAGUCUCUCAAUGGCAUGACAUCUCCAUUGAAGCCACUUCUACCUUUGGGGAAUUGAAGAUGGUGUUGGCAAUGGUGACAAACUUGGAGCCAAAGGAGCAGAGGGUAUUGUUCAAAGGGAAAGAGAGGGAGGAUUGUGAGUUCCUCCACAUGGUUGGGGUUAGAGACAAAGACAAAGUGUUGCUUUUGGAAGAUCCAGCCAUCAAGGAGAUGAAGCUCAUGAGGCGCCUCCAUGGCUUGUCUUCUUCUUCUUCUUCACCAUUACCAUCUUGUACUCGUACCAUUAGUGUAUAAUUAAUUAACUGAUCAAGAAAAGUGAAAACACAAACAUGGAUUAAUUACCACUACUAAGUACCUACUAACCAACCACUCCCCAAUGAGAACCCAUAAACAUUUUGAAGAUGGGUUUAUUUCUUCUUUUUCAAUAUUUCUCUCCCUUUCUCUUUUUACUAGAUUAAUUCGUAUUAUCAUCGUGUAGUACGAUCGAUCAUCUAUGAAAAAGGAUUAGUCUUUACUCUUGGCGAUGCAUAUUUUGAUAAUAAACCAAAAAGUUUGAUCUAAUUAUGUGUACUUAGUUAACUAGUUUAUUAUGUCUAUGUAAUUGGGUUUUGCCAGCUUGACAAAGUUAUUAUUAUGAGUAAAGCUGAUGCUGAUCC